CACUCGUCGAAUUAUUAAUACUGUUGUUAACACCCCAAUUAACUAACCUUCCAAAUCUGUUCUGUUCUCUUCUUUACCCUUUCAAGACAAUACAACAUGUCUUCAUCAUCUUUAUUCCCCUGGAUCACUUUCCUCUUCCUCAUCACUGUCUCCUUCUCUAAUGUGGAUGCAUUCUCGGGGACAUAUGGAGUAAACUACGGGAGAAUAGCGGACAAUAUCCCAGCCCCGGAAAGCGUGGUGACACUCCUAACAGCAAACAAGAUAAAAAACAUCAGAAUCUACGACGCGGACCACGCGGUGUUAACGGCGUUUAAGGGAUCGGGAAUCGAAAUCAUAAUCGGUCUCGGGAACGAAUUCCUGCGGGACAUAAGCGUGAACCAGGACCGGGCCGUCCAAUGGCUGAAAGACAACGUGGAGCCCUUCCUCCCGGACACCAAAAUCCGAGGAAUCGCGGUCGGAAACGAAAUCCUCGGCGGCGACAACAUGGAACUCUGGGAGGUCCUACUCCCGGCAGUUAAAAACGUCUACUCGGCUCUCCAACAGCUCCGCCUCUCCAAAACGAUCGAGGUGUCGAGCCCCCACUCGGAGGCCGUGUUUGGCAUCACCUACCCGCCCUCGGCCGGCGCGUUCAAGGAAACCGUCCUGCCCUUCAUGAAACCGCUCCUCCAAUUCUUCUCCCAAAUCCACUCGCCCUUCUACAUCAACGCCUACCCCUUCCUCGCCUACAAGACCGACCCGUCCCACAUCGACCUCAACUACGCGCUCUUCAAGUCCACCCCCGGCAUCUACGACGCCAAGACUAAGCUGCAUUACGACAACAUGUUUGACGCCAUGGUUGACGCGUCCUACGCGGCCCUGGAGAAAGUGGGGUACCACAGAAUGGAGGUUAUUGUGUCGGAAACAGGGUGGGCUUCGAACGGAGACCAGAAUGAAGCCGGGGCUAACGUUAAGAACGCCAAAACUUACAAUGAUAAUCUGCGUAAGAGGCUGCUGAAGAAGAAGGGGACUCCUCUCAAACCCAAAACCCCUGUCAAGGCUUAUAUUUUCGCUCUGUUUAACGAAAAUUUGAAGCCCGGCCCCACUUCUGAGAGGAACUUUGGAUUGUUCAAACAGGAUGGGAGUAUUGCAUAUAACAUUGGAUUAAGGGGACUGGUUCCAUCUUCUGCUUCAAAGGGCUACUGGAGACUGCAAGGAUGGUAUCAGCCAUUACUUAACGUGAUAUGUGUGGUCGUAACAAUGUUUUUAUGGUCGUGACUUAACCACCGGCGGCAAAUCAUCAGCUUACUCUUAUUUCCUCUUUGGAUUGUACAAAUGUUUAUGCCCUAAUUUGUACCUUGAGUUAAACAUAUACUAAGUUACUAACUGCUAAACAUUCAUUCCAUCUUCUAUAAAACUCUCCUUUCUUUUA